CUGCUUGCGGUAACAGUGAAUUGAAAGUACGCCAUAAAUAUGGCGCCAAAAGAGUUUUCAAGCUGAUGAUAAGAGCUGAUUUUUCUCUGUUGUCUUUUUUUUUCUGGGGGUGGGGGGGAGAGGUUGCAAGACAAGACCCGCCUGUGCAUUUGUGUAGAGCGGUGUGCACGUACACCGGGUGGAGGAGUGGAAGCAAGGCAAGGCAGCAAGUGAAGACGAGGAGAGCGGAAUGUUUUAUUUUUGAAGGAGGGACAUUGCGAAACUGGCUUGCAAUCUUUUCUGACUCAUCGUUUGGAAAUAAAGCAUCCUUUUCUUUUUUCUUUUUUUUCUUUUACCCCUCCUCCUCUCGCUUCUCCGUCCCCUCCUCUCGUACCGCUGGCACUGGAGAGGAAAACACAGUCGGAUUUUGACACCACGUUUGGGCUGCUUUUGCAAAAUGCGACAUGCUUUCCUGUGAGCAGUAUAUUGUGCGCACCUCGCAGCCUGCUAAACCGUGAACAGCAGCAGGAACAGCGGCGGCACCACUGUGUUUGUUGUUGUUGAGUUAUAAAGGCUGCAACUCCGUCUGGCUGCCACUUUUGGAUUUUAUUUCAGAUUUGGACUCGGUCGCCGGUCUUUGCAGAGCUGACGCGCUGUCAACGCGCACCGUGAGGGGAAGGGAAGGGAGGGGAAGGGACAGUCCUGUCACCCAACGUGGAUCCAGAGUCGGAGCUGUUUAGCAGCACUGUUAGCAGCCUGCCAGGGCACCGAGUGGGCAAACUGAACUAGUGCUAAACCCUCCACUAUAAAACUACAUGUGCCUGGCUCCCAAUGAUCUCCUAAUCUCUGGAAAUCGCCCGCCGUCCAGGACUGAGGACGUUUCUGCACCCGAAGCUGACUGCGAUCAAGUGGCAUCUGCUCACUUGAUGAUGGCACUGAGGAAGCUUCAGUGGCUGCACUAAUAAAGCUGAAGGGAUAAACCUGUUCCGUACUCUGCUAUAUACUGUGAUCACAAGUGUUCAUCAUGAUGCUCUGCAGAAUGCGUACAUGUGGUCUGAACAUUUGUCAACAUCAUCUUUAUGGAGAGCGAAAAGAAGAGGAGAAAAUACUCCACGAGCAGCAACGACUCCGACACCACAGACAGUCAGGUGACGUCGUGGUCCAGGUCAUCCAAGAAUACGGGCACCAGCAGCACAUGGGUCCGCCACCAGCACAAGAAACCAUCAGAGGUAUUUCGUACCGACUUCAUCACGGCCAUGAAGCUACCGGAUUCGGCCCAGCUCGGCCCGGACGACUUCUACGUGCUCUCAGACCCAUGGAGACAAGAGUGGGAGAAGGGAGUACAGGUCCCUGCUAGCCUGGAGGCCAUACCAGAGCCUGUGGUCAGGUUGCCACUGGAGUCGUCAGGCGGUCUGUCCAACAACAGGCAGGAGAGGGGGAGCCACAGCCAGCCUCCACCCACCCAGCGCUACAGCUGCUAUGACCUCGAUGACCUGGAUGUUGCCUGGCUGGAGCUGGUCAACUACGAGUUCAGACAGAUGGCACUACCAGAGCUGGACGAGCUGACGAUGGAGUGUGUUCUGGUCGAACUGGAGAGUGUGUGUGAGGAGAAGAUGCGGCAGGCCAUCGAGACGGAGGAAGGCCUGGGCAUCGAGUAUGACGAGGACGUGGUGUGUGACGUCUGCCGCUCGCCAGAGGGAGAGGACGGCAACGAGAUGGUCUUUUGUGACAAGUGCAACGUCUGUGUUCAUCAGGCGUGUUAUGGCAUCCUGAAGGUACCCCAGGGGAACUGGCUGUGUCGGACCUGUGCUCUGGGCGUCCAGCCCAAAUGUCUACUCUGCCCCAAGAGAGGGGGGGCCCUCAAGCCCACCCGCAGUGGAACCAAGUGGGUCCACGUCAGCUGUGCCUUAUGGAUCCCUGAGGUGAGUAUAGGCUGUCCAGAGAAGAUGGAGCCCAUUACCAAGGUGUCCCACAUCCCCGCCAGCCGCUGGGCUCUGUCCUGCAGCCUGUGUCGAGAACACACAGGAACCUGCAUACAGUGCUCCAUGCCCUCCUGUAUCGUGGCCUUCCAUGUGACGUGCGCUUUCGACCACGGCCUGGAGAUGAGGACCAUCCUGGCAGAGAACGAUGAGGUGCGCUUCAAGUCCUUCUGCCUGGAGCACAGCUGCACCGCCAGCAACAGUAGUACAACCAUCAACAACACCUCCAGUUUGACCAGUGUGAGCAACAGCAACCACACCACCACUUCCACCACCAACGGAGCACACGCUGCAGCCAGAUCUGACUGGGCCACUACAGGUGUCAGUUCUGAGCUCCGGCCGGACCAGCAGCACCAGCCAAACAGCAGCAGUGACCCAGAGCAGAGGUCGGUAUUGUACCCGGUUUCGGUGUCGGCAUCAGACCGAGCUGAGCGGGAACAGCUGGAGAGAGAGAAGGUGAGCCAGAGGAAACAGAAGCUCCAGGAGCUGGAGGAUGAGUUUUACCGACUGGUGGACCCCAGGGAGGUGGCCGAAAACCUGGCGCUGCCCGUCUCCCAGGUGGACUUCCUAUAUCAGUUCUGGAAGUUGAAGAGGAAGGGCAACUUUAAUCAGCCUCUGGUGACCUUAAAGAGGGACGAGGUGGACAACCUGGCCCAGCAGGAACAGGACGUCCUCUACAGACGCCUCAAACUCUUCACACACCUCCGACAAGAUCUGGAGAGGGUGCGUAACCUGUGCUACAUGGUGACACGGAGGGAGAAAAUGAAACACACCCUGUGCGACCUCCAGGAGAAGAUCUUCCACCUUCAGAUACAACUACUGGAAGAGGACAUUGCUGGCGAGAAAACCCAGAAGGGAGAAAAGAGGAAGCAGAAUGGAGUGAAGGAGAAAGGGAAGGAGAGGAGGAAGAGUAGUCCUGAGAAGAAAAAGGAGAGAUUGAAGUCAGAGAACGGCUCCCUGCUAAAAGAGCUAGGUUUGUCAAAGUCCUUUCCAUUGGACAACUCUUUGUUUGACAGCUGGCUCGCCCAGUCGGUUCAGAUCACCGCUGAUGACAUGCUGAGCCAGUGGGCUCUGGGUGCCCAGCAUCGGGACAAGAGCGGCCGCCUGCUCUCCGACCAGCUCCUGCAGGGCGAGGAGAGCCUGCUAAACCUUAUGAUGGAGAACUCCAUGCAAUCCACCUGGAAAACACCCCAGCUGGGCCGCAAACCACGAGGGGGCAACAAGCCCCGUGCUCGUGGCCACCCGCAAUCCACUACCCCCACCCAGCCCCAAAUGCUCCUGUCUGCAGCAGCAGCCUCCGCCACCAGCAGCCCCUCCACUGCAAAGAGCCUCUGGGCGAGCAUGGCGGAGGAAAAGCCCAGCCAUGUGGGCCGGAGAGGGGAAAGGUCCAGGGGCUCCUCCAAGGCCCUGCACCACCACAACAUUCACCACCACCAGACCAGGAGUUCUGACCUGCACAAGGACCCGCCACCACAGCCACCCAUCUCCAAAAUGGAUUCCUGUCACAUCUCGGAGGACCGUGGCUGGUGGGACAGCAUCCACACAGGGAAUAGUGUUACAUCAGGGGCUGGAUCUGGUUUCACCGCAAGCUCGUCUCCACCUCCGGCUUCAAGCCCCGGGGUCACAGUGCCCGACACAGGGGCGAUCCUUCGUGGCGGGGCCCCACGGCUCCGUCUGUCCCGCCAGGGUAAAUCCAGAGGUAGGGGCUUCAGUGGAGGCAUAGCAGGGCUAGGGUCUGUGGACCUGCCACUCACAGGAAAGGAAACGCUGGACACUGCAGAGACUGACGGGUAUUUCUCUGAUGGCGAGCAGAGUGACACAGACACGCGCUCUGGCGGACGCAAACUCCGCUUGCCACAGUUGCAUUCUGGGAACGAGGACCUGCUGAGAAGGAGCGUGCUGGCAUCCUAAAGAACUGAGACUCAAAUUAAUACACACACACAGUUAUCCAAGCAGAGUCCCGCUGGCUAAUUGUUUCUCCAUCUGUGCCCAGUAUAAAGUCUACAAAACAUGGCUGGAUGGCUUUGUUCAACCAAAUCCCUGUCACAUUUACCAGUGGAAAAUCUCUUCAGCUCUUACGUGCUUUGUUUUAGGGGUGAAUUUGAAUGUAGCUAUUUGCCUGUCGUACAGCAAAGCUUCUCCACCGGACCAUAGUUUGGCGUUAGCUUACCACAAGAUGCGAUACAUUCAACAAAUAGGAAACAAACAUUACCGUUAGUCUUUUUUUGUUUUGUAUUUCAGAUUCAUUUUGUUUCUGGCCGUUGAAAUACCCAUUUCUGGCCUCAUGUCUGUGGUGUCUGCCAGACUUGGGAACAAACACUUCGGGGCAUUAUUAUUAUUAUUAUUCAAGCUGGUUUCAGGGUCUGCCUGAGAUGCAUCCAAUGAGUCCUUGUUUUCUUGAAUAUGUUCAGUGGAAAGACAAUUUCACACCAGAGCUGGUCUGAAUAUGUACAGAAGGUGACAUGGGACAACAUGUAUUCAGCCUUGAAAAGCACAACUAGCUAGUCGUAAGAGCUGUAAUGUACGCAAUCGUGUGUAUAAUAGAUGCUCAGUCAGGGUUGGGGUCAGUUCUGUUCAUGUUGACUUAGUCGUAAUAUGUACACUAAAGCUGUCAUUCUCAAAUUUAUCUUCACAGACUAAAAGAACAGAUUUCCAGCUUUUCCAGUUUUUGAAUAGCAAAUAGAUUGACCCCAACCCUGAUGCUCAUUCAGAUUGUCACACAGAGACACAAACACACAGACAUACUGACACACAUACUACUAUAAGCAAAUCCCUUUGCUCACAUCACAGCCAUUGUUGAAAUAUUUGAUCUGACUUUGGUCAGCUGCUUUCAAAUUCUUCCUAAUUCUGAGUUCAUUUUUUUUUUAACCUGAAUCUUUAGAUAAAAAUCAUUGUAGAAACUCCGUGCCUUCUGUCGCUUGCCCCUGUGCCCCUACAUCCCCUCAACCCCCCCGCCCCCAACCUUCUCACUCACUCACUCAACGAAACAAACAAUCAGUAAGUAGAUCAAUCAGUCGUUUCUCAAUCGGAUUUGUAACAAUCAAACCAAAAGGAAAUCCCGUUGGAUUGGUUACCGAGUGUAGCCGCAUUGGGCUCCUUGUCACCUUAACAAUUGUCUAGUGCCUGAAACAAGGAUGUAAAUGCAGCAUUUGCCAUUAAUCAACAAAGCAUCUGCAACAGUUAGCAAAGCAGAGCCACAACGUACUAUCAGUGCAAAGAGCUGCCUAGUGUUCUGCCCCCACCCCGAAAACUAGAUCACUGCAGUCCAGAGCCAUCGAUAAAGAGUUUGGCCAUGUUAUAAUGUGAGCACCAUUUCGCUGCCUCUUUGAGAGAGAGAGAGCGCUGACUGCAACAAUAGAUACACAUGGUUAAAGGACAAAUACAGAAAAUAAAACAUUAGCCUGCUAGCCAACUCCCAUUCAAAACAAGUUUUUUAGAUUGGUGGCCAAACAACUAAUUGUCAAUUUUUGUAUUUUGUGUAGCCUGUUUCCUCUGUCAGUGGUCAGUUCACUGGUAUGAAUCAAUAAUGCUUCAUUGUUAAAGUGUCUCAUGUAAAAAAUAUGCCUAAAUAGAAACACACAAGAGCCUCCCUGUCACUGCAGACUGACCUCGUGUAGACUGACUUGAUGAGCAUCAAGUGCGCAGUGUAUCCACAUCAUUGGAUGAUUUCUAGGUAGUGAAGCCUCUCAAAAGUCACAGUUAUUUCUGGUUACUAUAUAAAGCCACCAGGGUUCACAAUGCAGUUUUCAGGCAGCAGGCAUCAAGAGAAAUUAGUUACACUAUUAGUCACACUUUAUAUCAGCCAUGUGUAUCUAUGCAAUUUAUGAUAUCGGCGUAGUAAGAUGCCCAACACAGUUUUAUUCAGCUAAGCACUGAUGGUUUAUGGGUUUAUGGCACCAACAUGGCUGCCAGUUAAGUUUGACAUGGACAAGCUCUCAUAACAGAUGGCUCUGCUGCAUAGAUGAAUGAUGACAAUGUAAUAAUCAGCUUCAGAGGCCUGCGCUCUUAAGUUCUUGGAUUUAGUUGUUUGUAAAUUUGUUUAAAAAAAUACUUUGUUGUUCUCUCAGAGAGUUGUAUUUUGUACUUAAAGCAGUCCAUGGUAUUCUCAGGGGUUAAAAAAUCUUUAAAAAAAAAAGAAUAAAAGGAUAAAAAAUGUAUCGAAAAAGCAACAUAAGACGUAGAUACAUAUAUAUAUAUACAUACAUAUUUUAUAUAUACAGUAUACAGUAUAUAUAUAUAUAUAUAUAUAUAUAUAUAUAUAUAUAUAUAAAGUGAUGUGUAUGUCUAGAAACUUCUUAUUUGGCAAGCUUCACUGUUUGAACUCCUACACGACUACUACAGAGCAUGUUCCUUCUCUCAGUAUGACCAUCAGCCCUGGGUUCAAUAGUCUCAACCAAUGAGUAAUGAGGUGGGCUAUGCGAUUCUAAUCCAAUAUACGUCUUUUUGUCAAAUGCAGCGAAUAUCUCCUCAUGGUCCGUUAGCUGUCCAUUCAGUGUGUGCGCUGGAAACAACAGCCCUGGCUCUGUAAAUGGGAAACAAACUAAAUGGCUCGGACCGAGCCACACAACACUAUUCCAGCCAUAAUUUGUGUGUCAAGUAACGUUAAAUGACUUGCCCACAGACAUUCAGCUUACUUUCUAGUUUGCCAAGAUAUGCUGUUGUUGUGAUGUUUGCUAUAGUAGCAGGAGAGUUGUGAGUAUCGCUGUCUGGAGCUGGUUUGCUCGCUCUGGGAAACUGUCUCGUCCUCUCUGGCUGUUAGCUUCGCAGCAGCAACUGUAGGGACAGUUUGCUAACCCACAAUCUAGCUAACAUUAGUUACAUUACAUGCUGUGUCGUUGUUUGCUCUAUAUCAUGCUAUUUGCUAUGGUUUUUUGAUUUCUCCAGAUUCGCAUACCCCACCUUUAACUUGUUUGAGUUACCAGAUGAGUGGGACAAGUCAGAUAAUAGAGGCGUGGUGGUAAACUACAAGAAAGAACUUUUUCAUUCUCUCAGCUUUCUUACAGCUACCCAUCUGGUUCCAAAUUAGGGUGAAAUAAAGCAUCACAAGUGGUUUUAAGGGCUACUUGACCCAGGCCUGAUGAACAGACACUUAAAUAGAGGUGCAAGUCUAAUCUACUUCCUCUGUUUUUUCUGUAUGGACAGCUUCUACCCUGUCUUGUGAAGUGACCACGCCAAAGAACAGAUCUGUGUAUCAAGGCAGCAUAUUUACAUCUUAUCUACACAAACACACAUACACAUGCUCCGUCUCUGGUUUUCAAGAUGAAGAAUGUUAGAUAAGGAUGUCAGACAACUCUGCCAGCACUGUCCAGGUCAGCUCUGUCUAAUCUACAUCUCAACCAGGUUCGACCUAGCUCCAUAGGGUUCAGUCAGAAACGCUGUGGUGUUAUGUGAACUCCUCCAGUUUAGGAGACGCUGUUUAUUCUACUACACCACCACCAAUAAACCCAACCUGGAUUCUCACAGAUCUCCAUUGAGGGGGUUCACACAGGAAAAGCCUGUUGCCACAGCAAUGGACUAGUUGUUAAACGCAGACUCACACAUAUUAACCCCCUUCAGAAAAAGCCAAAUGCUGCUGAACUGAAUACACAACGUACAGCUCUCUCUCACACACACACACCAGAGCGGGUAUAACAGGGUUAUAAGAUGACUAGUUUUUUAUGUAUAUGUGGUCCUGACUGCAUCAGGAAGUAUGAGCUUACUCAGAGUGAAAUGCCCCCUAACAGCAGGAUAGUAUUAUUACUGGUGACAGCACAGCAUCUCUGUCUCCUUUGUCCUUCAGGUGUAGCCAUCGUGGAAGAUUCACAUUGUUAGUCCUCCACACUCGUCUCUUUUUCGCCAUAAAGAGGCAAAGUCUGGAAAAGUUGCUGAAUUUGUAAAACAGUAUAGAUACAGGAUAGGUGGAGGAAUUUGGAUUUCUGCGUUGGCUACUGUUAUUACAACCCCUAUGGAAAUGACCAUAACAACACAUACAACAACAAUAACCGCAACAAAGCUUGUGUGUGUGAGGAUGUGGCGAAGUAUCAUUACUGCCCACAGAAUCCUCCACCGGGUGGUUGUUACCGUUCAUGUGUUGCUAAGACAGAAAAAUGUAAUGUUGGUUUCAAUAUUCAAUGUUCAGAGUAGCCUGACUUUGUAGACAGUGGUAUUAGACAAGGCCUCACAUUAACGGCCUUAACAUGUAGUAGCUAAUGCUGAGGCUGCACAGCGAUGGCAGGAAAACAAAAAAAUCACUUUUUUUCCCUCUACACAAAGUUGUGGAGGUAGUUUGGCGAGUUGUUCUAUCUAAAGUCAGAUUUUAACCCAAGAACAGCACCGUAGUACCUUGUCAGACAAAUUGUAAUUUAGAUUUUUGUUUUCCUUGAUACUGUGCAGCCUUGGCAUAUACAAACUGGUUAUAUUAUUCUAUAUUUACAGUGUGGCUUCAAUGCCCUCUCCUUCCGCUUCGUAGAUACUGUAGACUGGAGUCUUUUGCAGGUUCUUUUUAUCAAUAUCCACUAGAAUACAACUUCAAAGCAUCACUGUCCUCUGUGUGCUACGCUGGUGUGGGUGUUGGCUCACAGCCUGAAAUGUGCUCUGAUGAUCUUUGAAUUUUGCAACUCUGUCAGGUCGGAUAUCCAGAUUAGAUUUUUCUUUUCUUUUCUGGGCUUAAUCUGUAAUAUCAGUCAUGGCGUAUACAUUCUUUGCCUCAGAGUGAAGCAUCAGUGUCAAUAUCAGCAGAAGAUCUGGUGGAAUAUUGGAGGUUAUGUUCUUCUGUGCAAGAGUGGAUGGUUUAAGACAUUAUACAUAAUGGAGUAAUAUUAAACCAUACAGUUUUCUAUGUGGUGAGCUGGUGCAUGUGUGAGAGCAAAACCCUCUCCCCCUGGAGUUGGCAUGAAUGCUGCACAACAGAAAUAAGCUGGUGGGCAUCAUGCACAUAAUGGUAGGUCAGAAACACACCUACACACACACCAUAGUGAUGCAUACCACCUAGACUUCUGCUGAAAAGCUAGUUAAAGGCCAACACUGAUUGCUUGAGGCAAUUGGAACCUCUCCUAUAAUUCACACAGCUGCUGUCUACUGUACUGACACUGUUGCAAAACUCCUUGGAAAGACGUCCCUCAGAACUUCCUCAGCUGAGCAAAGAUCAUGUUUAAAGCUUUUUAUCAGCAGGGAGGCAGGUUAGGCCCAUCCAGCAACAAAACGCUGGUAAAUUCUGUUGUAGAAGCCAAUUUGUGCAACAAAACAGCCCUUAAAUUCCAGGUGUUGCACCCACUGGAUGAAAAAGUUUCAUUUCCACAAUUUUAAGACAAAAAUUGAUUGUUGCCCUGAGGUGGUUUUGAGGAACCAGAAGGGCAUCAGGCUGCUGUUCAUAGGAUCUCUCUCUUCCUCUGUGGUUGCUCCUUCAUCCAAUAAGAAAGUGGUUUGAGGCUGUCCUCAGGUCAGUAAAGCCAGGAAUGGCAAAUGCUUUAGAUUCUUUAGUGAUGAUAAAUUUCAUUUGAUGCCUCAGCUUCUCUUCCAGGCCACAUUUUUUGCCAUUUUAGUUAAACAAGUCUGGGGAUACGAAAUGCCUGCUGGGCUCAAGUGAAAGCAGUCAUUAUCUCUGUAACAGAGGUGACUGGGAUUGCCGACAACACAGCUUGUUGCAGAUGAUUUACAUUGGAUUUAGAUUUUUAACAAGUCUUAAUGUAUCUAGAACUGAAAUCUCAACCAAAGUUAAAUUUAAUGAUGGUCUGUCACAGUUAAAAUGGAUCAAAAUGACAAGGGACUGUCACUGUUUAAUCAUUUGGAAAUGCAGACUGACCCAAUGACUGCUUAGUGCUUCCUGUUUCUGAUAUCAUUGCCUACUCCUUGCUUUACUGUCCUACACCAGCCAUACAAACCCAACCACCUACCUACCUGCGUACCGCUGGAGUUUAUACACAUCUACAAUAAUGUAUAAAACUGUUCAACUACUGCUAGAAACAUUUUCAUUUUCCGUGUUUUGAAAAAGCCUUUGGAAGCUUUUUUUUCUUUUGUAACGCUUUAGCUGGCCGCCGUAGCUCGUAUCAAACUAGAAAGCUGACUCAUUAUCUGCUUCCUCUGUUUUUACUGGCGCUUUGCUCUCCUCUCCGUUACAGCAAAGUUAUGGCUUCAAGGUCUCAACAUCCACAACCCAGACACACUGCACAGAUUGGAGGUUUAGUCAUACAAACGGAGGUACUGCGGAGGCAGAAACAAGCUCAACUGUCAAGUUAAGUCUAAAUUGGUGGAGUCAAAGAACCACAGUGAUUUGAAUCAGAGGGCCUUUUCUCAUUCAUUCAUGAUCUUGCAGGGUAGCUAACUGGCAUACCAAGAUCAAUGCAGGCAAUUACAGUCAGUUUGAACUUGGAAGGUCACUUAGGCAAACUAGUUUAACUAGGUGUAUUACCAUAAAUGAGAAAUAUGCAAGAAAAUCUUGUUUUGACAAAUGAAAGCAGAUUACUAGAGCUCAUUCUUAUCGUUUAGUCGAUCAACAGAAAACCAUUUUGCAGCUACUCUGAUAAUCAAUGGUUUAUGUCAAUAAGUCAAUUAGUUGAUUUGUCAAACAACAGAAAAUUAAUCAGCAACUUUAGGAUUUGAUGCUGCUCUUUGUCCUAGACAAUAGUAAAUAAAACAUCUUUGGGUUGUGGACUAUUGGUUGGAUAAAACAAGACAUUUGAAGACAUCACAAUGAACUGUGAGAAAUUGUAACGGCAUUUUUCAAUAUUUUAUAGACAAAACAAGUGGGCCUUUUCAGUGGGCUUCAGUCCAACAUCACAUAGCCAGAAAUACUCUUUGGCUCCACCCGCUAAGGUUCAACACAAACAGUGAGAUUACACCUGCCUCCAGAGCAGCUCCAAGAAAUGUUUUUAAAACUAAAGCUCCCAUCUGCACAAACUGCGCACCUUACUCUGCCUCCGUCAUCCAACAUCUUACUCCUCCCUGCUCACUUUUCCUUCUCCCACCACCAGCAAAGUCCCCUCUUCUCCUCCACCCUGAAUCCCUGAACAACUACAACCACCCUCCCCACCACACCCCUCACCCCUGUUGUGUCCCUCCUGCCCACAACUCCUUCUCUCUGGUGAUCAGCCUCUUUGGCCGGCACGUGGCUCUUUUCGAAUCGCUUUUGAAGCAUAGAAUGAUCAACAACAAAAAACGCAAAAGAAGAAAAAAGGAUGUCUGUAGCUUUAAGGACAAAUAAUGACAGGCACAUGUUGUGGAAGUAUGUGUGAGGAGGGGAAAAUGUUGCACUAUGGUUUGCUCUGGCCUGGAGCGAGAGAGCAAGGGAAGAGGAGAGAAGAGAGAUGGAUAGAAAGAAAGAGAGGAGAGGAGGGAGACGUUUACUGAACCGGAGCCAGAGAAGGAGUACAACUUGUUCUUUCCCCUGCGUUCUGUUCGCAGCCUGUCCGUACAGUCAAGUUAACAAGCAGCUAAUAUAAACAACACCAGGCCCUUCCCUUCCCCUCUCGCCUCCUCAUUUGUCUCUCUCUUUUUCUUUCUGUACUUUCUACUCUCUCUACAGCUGGUUCUCCAUCCAAGUAUAUCCUUUACAAACUAUAACAAUCGAGUCAGGAAAGCAGAAUGGAAAAAAAUGCAUUAAAUGGCAUGACCAGCCCGGAAGACAAUUCAGUUUUGUGACUGAGUAAUUUAAUAUCGACCUUGAGUUUCAAUAGAAAUCACUCUCUUUGGUUAUAUGUGGUUAGUUGAUGCAUUUAUUGGUGUUCAGACAAGCAUCAAUUUAGCCACUAUUACUCAACACCAAUAAAAAACAACUUCAAAGAUAUGGCUGGCGAUAAGGCUGGCGAUAUUCUAUAUUUAACUUGCUGUCAACAAAUCCAGAGUAGACCAAAACCAACAAUGAUCCUAUUAACAGGUAGGACCAAGUUGUAUCCAAAGCCUGAUAUAUCUUAUUCCUCUGUGGCAUAGAGCUCCAUUGUUAUCAAAAAAUAUUAAAAAUACAUCAGUGAGUUGCA